GGCUGCGCUCAACGACUCGACACCGCCAACAGGGAUGCAGCGAGGGCGCAGCGUAGCCUGAAAAUGGCACCACCACGCGUCCCGUGGAUCUAUCCAUCCCUUCCCCUGCUGUCCUCCCUUCUCCUCGUUUUCCACGCGUCUCCGCCGAGCACGGCCUUACGGAAUUACCCGGAGAAUGAAGUUACUUUAUUAGACUCCAUGUCGGCAUUGGCCGACCUCGGCUGGGAGGCUUACCCUAAUGAAGGGUGGGAGGAGAUCAGCGUGAUGGAUGAGAGGAACACCCCGAUGAGGACUUACCAGGUGUGCAGUGUAAUGGAGGCCAAUCAAAACAACUGGCUGCGGACGCGACACAUCAGCCGGGAGGGAGCGCAGCGAGUCUACAUCGAAAUCAAAUUCACCCUGAGAGACUGCAACAGCCUGCCCGGGGUCUCUGGCACCUGUAAAGAGACUUUCAACAUGUACUACUAUGAGUCCAACAAUGCCAACCUGUGGUUCAUCAAAGAAAGCCAGUAUGUCAAGAUUGACACUAUUGCUGCAGAUGAGAGCUUUACACAGGUGGACGUUGGUGACCGUGUCUUGAAGCUGAACACAGAAGUGCGAGACAUCAGCAACUUGAGUAAAAAGGGUUUCUACCUGGCCUUCCAAGACCUGGGUGCUUGUAUCGCUUUGGUCUCAGUCAGGGUCUUCUAUAAGAAGUGUCCUCUGACUGUGCGCAACUUGGCCCAAUUUCCUGACACAAUAACAGGAGGGGAAACGGCGCUGGUGGAGGUCCAUGGAGUUUGUGUAAAUGCCUCUGAGGAGUUUGAGCCGCCCAAGAUGUACUGCAGCGCAGACGGAGGCUGGCUUGUCCCCAUCGGGAGAUGCGUGUGCAAACCAGGCUUUGAGGAGAACAAGGACGUCUGCCAACCAUGCAGACCUGGAACGUACAAAGCUUCAGCCACAGAUGCCUACUGCACCAAAUGUCCUCCUCACAGCUCGUCUCCACACGAACAGGCCAUGGAGUGCAUUUGUGAGAAAGGGUUCUACCGUGCUGAGACCGACCCGCGUUCAAUGGCUUGCACACGUCCUCCAUCUGCUCCAGAGAACCCUAUCUCCUCUGUGAAUGAGACCUGCGUUACCUUGGAGUGGUCGCCGCCCCGCGACACAGGAGGCAGAGGGGACAUUACCUACAGCCUCCACUGCAGAAAGUGCUCCGGCGAAGGCAAGAAGUGCGCACCGUGUGGCAGCAGCGUCCAUUUUGUCCCGAGACAGUUUGGGCUCUCGUCAGCCAGCGUGCUGAUCACUGACCUCCAGCCGGAUUCUAACUACACCUUUACAAUCGAGAGCCAGAACGGAGUUUCAGAUCUGAGUCCGACCCCCAGAGGCACUGUGGUAAUAAAUGUCACAACAUCGCAGACAGUGAGUGUUGUGUUAAAGGAAAGGCGAAGCAAGGACAGUGUAACAUUGGCCUGGCAGGGUCCAGAGAGACCUAAUGGGGUGAUCGUGGAGUAUGAGGUCAUCUACUACGAGAAGAACCAGCGGGAACAGAACUACACGGUUUUAAAGACUCGAUCCAACAUGAUGACAGUGGACGGCCUGAAGCCUGGGACCACCUACGUGUUCAGAGUCAGGGCUCGAACUGAUGGGGGCUACGGGACAUACGGUGGGGAGAUUGAACUGGAAACCAGCCACGAGGACGUCUUGGCCAUUGGGGACCCAAACCAGUCCACCAUUCUGGUUGUGUCCAUUGCAGGAGGGAUUGUUCUCCUCAUCUUCUUGGUGACCUGCUUCGUUGUUAGUGGAAGACACUGUGGAUACAUAAAGGCCAAGCAGGACCCCGAUGAAGAAAAGAUGCAAUUCCAACAUGGCCGAGUGAAGCUUCCAGGCAGCAGAACAUACAUUCAUCCUCACACCUACGAAGACCCAAACCAAGCUGUCCGAGACUUUGCCAAAGAGAUAGAUGCUUCCAACAUUCGCAUAGAAAGAGUCAUCGGAGCUGGAGAGUUUGGGGAGGUGUGCAGCGGUCGCCUGCGUGUUCAGGGGAAGAGGGAGAUCUACGUGGCCAUCAAGAGCCUGAAGGCCGGAUACUCAGACAAACAGAGGAGGGACUUUCUGUCUGAGGCGUCCAUCAUGGGACAGUUCGACCACCCGAACAUCAUCAGACUGGAGGGUGUCGUCACCAAAUGUAAACCUGUGAUGAUCAUAACAGAGUUCAUGGAAAAUGGGUCUCUGGACACUUUUCUGAAGAAACACGACGGCCAGUUCACAGUGAUCCAGCUGGUUGGUAUGCUGCGCGGCAUCGCCUCGGGUAUGAAGUACCUGUCAGAUAUGAGCUACGUUCACAGAGACCUGGCGGCUCGAAACAUCCUGGUCAACAGCAACCUGGUGUGUAAGGUGUCCGACUUCGGCCUGAGCCGAGUUCUGGAGGACGACCCCGAGGCCGCCUACACUACAAGGGGAGGAAAGAUCCCCAUCAGAUGGACGGCACCAGAGGCCAUCGCAUACAGGAAGUUCACCUCAGCCAGCGACGUGUGGAGCUACGGCAUUGUCAUGUGGGAGGUGAUUUCAUAUGGAGAGAGACCGUACUGGGAGAUGUCCAACCAGGAUGUGAUCAAAGCAAUAGAUGAGGGUUAUCGUCUUCCUGCUCCUAUGGACUGCCCGGUGGUGUUGCACCAGCUCAUGUUGGACUGCUGGGAGAAGGGGCGCAGUGACCGGCCAAAGUUUGGACAGAUUGUCACAAUCCUGGACAAGCUCAUCAGAAACCCGGCCAGUCUCAGAGAGCUGGCCAACAGCUCAGUGUGCAGGGAGGACCCACCCACCCCAGAGUUCAGUGUGAGCACUGUGGAUGAUUGGCUGGACACCAUCAAGAUGGGCCAGUACAAGGAGAACUUUUCCAGUGCUGGAUAUGUCAGCUUGGACUCCAUCCUCUAUAUCAGUGUCAGUGAACUGGCUAAGAUGGGAGUGACGCUGGCUGGCCACCAGAAGAAGAUUUUGUCCAGUGUGCAGAGCCUGCAAGCCCAGGGGACACACGUCCAAGUAUAACAGUUUCCACAAAAACGCACAGAGACAUAGCUGAACUGGACGCUCCUGUGGAGAGUCUCCCCCACUAAAUGGAGCUGUAAUAGAUAUUUUGUGCUUGGGUCUCCAAUGACUUUUUUUUUUUUUUUUUUUUUUUUUUGAGGCACACUAAGAUGGAGACAACAAUGACUCUUGACUCCUUCACCCUCCCAUAAUCCUGGACAUGCCUUUGGGCACUCAGAAUCUGUCCAACACCGUUCACCAUGUCAGGGCAGCACAGAGACAACAAAGCCGCACGCAGAGACUGUUUCACAUCAUGUAAACAUAAAUGAAGAAAAAGCAAAAAAAAAAAUUAAAUAAAAUUAACAUAAUGACUAAAAAACUGAAUAUGAUGCUCGUCACUGUUUGUCAGGUGUACAGUUGGCUUUCCUGUCAUUUUGUUUGUUUUCUGUUUUCAUAAUGAAGGUUUUCAAAAAGGGUCAAAAGACGUGUACAUGUGUAGAUAUAUGUUUAUAUGGGCGGUGUAUGCCACGAGCAUAGAGAUGGACCUAACGUUUGUAUCUGUGGUUGCACAGCGUUAACAGCAGUUGUUGUAAAUGUAUGAACUCUUCCACUGGUGUCUGCUCAAAGAAAGCUAAGAGAUUAUGGAUGACAUGAAUGUGAGGGGAGCAAGGAGAUAAAUAAAUGGACCUGUAGACAUACACUCCUGAUCAAAAUCUUAAGACCAGUCAAAAAAUUGCAAGAAUUUGCAUUUAGCAUUAUUGGAUCUUAAGAAGGUUCUAAGUAGAGCUUCACAAUGUUAAAAGAAGA